AUGUCGACUUCCAGCAGCAGCAAUUACGAUUAUUGCUAUUCCUCUUCUUCCUCCAGCUCUUCUGAUGAGGAUUCCAAAGCUUCCGUAGCCAAAUCGAAAGCUAAGACAACUCAUGAUAAGGGAGCGAAGCCUAGCAUACCCUUGAAUGAUCGAAGGGUCACUUAUGCUGAACUUAUGAAGAGAAAGGCUGAAGAUGAUGAAGCGGAGAAUUGUCAGCGCAGAAAGGAUCGAAUUCGGCGCAGGAUACAAGCAGUUGAGGAGAGACGUCGAUUCCUUGAUGGGGUACCCUCUGACUCUGAUGCUGACGCUUCUGAAGAGGAAACUGCGUGGGUGUUCACAGAGCGCAAGAUCAAGCCUGACCGAUAUGAAAGGGAGUUCCAGAAGACUAUGAAGAAAAUUGAAGCUGAAGCCGAAGCAGAAGAAGACUCGUACUCAGAUGAUCCUGAUACCCAUCCAGACUUUAUCGACGGUUCUGACGCUGAUUCCGACAAAAAGGAAGACAAUGAUGAGAAAUCUGAUAACUCGGAUGGCAAGAAGGACAGUGGUGACGAAUCUGAUAACUCGGAUGGCGAGAAGGACAGGCUAUUGCCGAUCAUCGAGGAGAUGAACCAUAUGCGCCUGCGAGAUGUCAAGAAUCAAGAAUUACACAGGUGGGAUGAGAUGAUUUCGAACUGCGAGACCUUGCAGUUCAACGUAGGAUGGCUUCGUCAUAGGCUCGAGAUAAUCAAGAUUCAUAAGGCGGCGGAGGCUGCUGAUGCGAUUUCUCUGACCACUGCUUUACCAGAGGAAGAGAAGAUGCUCGCUUUGGAGUCGGCCCGGGUUGAGAAGGCGGUACAAGAGUUGAAGACGAAAACCAAAAGUUUCCAGAAGAAACUUGACAGGGUUGCUUAUAGAGAUUAUUCGUUGCUGGACGGUUUGCUCUGA